AAACUCAUCCAAGGCGAGCUACUCUCCAACCUGCUGAAGCGCAACUGCUAUGAAUUCUUUGACAUGCUCAAUUCCUACUUGCCGGAAAAGAUCGACAUCCAGUCCACCAACGAAGUGAUCAACUCCUUUUCGGCGCGUCUCCCCGAGCACUACCUGGACCACGAGGGAAACCCCAUCUACCCCCGCAGCAGGGCCCGGGAAAUGCCUUUGUUUCUGAUCGACAUUGUCAAGACCAACGUCGGGGUGGACUACUCGGUGCCCGUGGCCGAGUUCAGGGCAGAGCUGCUGGAGUACUUCGAAGGCACGCUGGAGCAGCUGCAGGGGGUGCCAGACAUGGAGAGUAAGUUUAUCCCUAAAUACGAAAACUUCCAGAUCAUUAAGACAUUUGUGCGGUGCCCGAGCUACCGGCCGAUGCCCCAGGAGCACCCGCUCGUGAAGGCAGACAACCUGUGGCUGGUCAACCUCCACCAGCAGUACUGCGCCCUGCUCGAUCAGCUCUUCAAGCCCCUCCAGGACUACAUCUCCACCCUCAGCAACUACGACAGCAUCUUGAAGAUCCCUCUCGAGACCUACCUCAACCAGCAACUCGACAAGGAGGUGGCUGAGCUGCGGGAAGAGGUGCAGAGCGUGGAGCGCAAAGUCAAGUCCAUCGACAAGGAGCUGUCUGACGCGGUCCAUGUGGGCGUCUUCUUGGUCGGCAUCGUCGAAAUCAAAAAAGGCAUCAAGGAAACCCUCCAGGCCCGGAAGGCUGGCCUCGUCGAUCUGUUCAUCUCCCGCUUCCAGGAACUGUCCACGGAAAUCAUCGAGCACUUUCAGAAGAUCCGAGAGCAGAGCAGUCGCCAGACACCUGACAUCGAGUCCCUCAGCGAGGUGCUGGACUACAUUCGGGACACCGCCUACAACGAAGUCGAGAAGUCUCGGAUCGAGAUCAGCAAGCUCAGCAAGAUUAUCGAGAUCGUGGAAGAGUUCCAAAUCAAACUGAGCGCUGAGGACCAGGAGCGAAGGUUCGACGUGCUGAAGCAGCCGCGCGUGGUGGGGGAUAUGCUGGCGGAGCGGCAGGAGUGGCUAGAGAAGGAGAAGGUCAAGAUGGAGGAGGCGAUGAUGGCCGAGCAGAUCCGCUUCAAGAAGGAACUGGACCUGCUGGAGCGACAGGUGCUGAUGUUCCACCAAAACUACAACAUCGACAAACACGAGCAGGUUUUCGGGAUGGUCAGCGAAAUCAACAAGAGCCUGGCCUCGGUGGCCGAGCUCCGGAAGUUUAACUCCCGAGAACAGCUCUUCAACAUCGAGAUGACCGACUACACCAAGAUCCAGAGCCUGGCCAAGGACUUUCAGCCCUACUCCAACCUCUGGCAGAACACCCGCAAUUGGUUCGUCCUCAGCUAGCAGUGGCUGGAAGGCCCCUUCGCAGAGCUGGACGCGCCUGCUGCCGAGCGGUUCGUGGAGGACGGGUUCAGGGUGCUGAACCAGACUUUCCGCUACUUUAAGGAUAAGGGGCAGAUGCAGGUGGCUCAGGUGGCGGAGCGAGUGCGCAACGAGAUAGAGAAGUUCAAACCCAACAUCCCGCUGAUGGUGGCCCUGCGGAAGGAGGGCAUGAAGGACCGGCACUGGCAGGCCAUUCAGGAGGCGGUAGGCUUCGAGUUCGACCCGCGCGUGGAGGGCUUCACCUUCAACCAGGUGCUGAGCCAGGGCAUGCUCAAGCACGUUGAGGUCUGCACUGACAUUGGUGAGCGGGCCUCUAAGGAGUUCACAAUAGAAACAAUGCUAAACGAGAUGUGGAAGAAAUGGGAGGACAUAAACUUCGACCUGGCGGGGUACAAGACGAGUUUCAUAAUGCGGGGGUCGGACGAGAUCCAGGUCACGCUGGACGAGCACCUGGUCAACACGCAGGCCAUGCAGUUCUCGCCUUUCAAGAAGCCCUUUGAGGAAGACAUCAUAAACUGGUACAAUCAGCUGAAGCUCAUGUCGGACGUGCUGGACGACUGGCUGAAGUGCCAGGGCCAGUGGAUGUACCUGCAGCCCAUCUUCGACUCCGCGGACAUCUCCAAGCAGCUGCCCGUCGAGAGCAAGAAGUUCAAGAUCGUGGAUGCCAACUGGAAGACCAACAUGCUGCUCGCCAAGAACACGGUCAACGUGCGCGCCGUCUGCACCACCUAGGGGCUGCUCGAUAAGCUGCGGGACUCCAACGAAAAGCUGGAGCAAAUCCAGAAGGAGCUGAACGCCUACCUCGAGAAGAAGCGGGAGCGGUUCGCGCGGUUCUACUUCCUGUCGAACGACUAGCUGCUCGAGAUCCUGUCGCAGGCCAAGGAGCCCACCGCCGUCCCCCACCUCAAGAAAGUCUUUGAGAACAUCCACGAGAUCGAGUUCGAUAAGAAGAAGCACAUCCACGCCAUGUUCUCCGCGGAGAAGGAACGCAUCGCCUUCGUCACCCAUCUCGACCCCAACCAGAAGAACGUCGAGGACUGGAUGAACGAGGUUGAGGACAUGAUGUGCCAGUCCGUCCGCCACGAGCUGCAGCGCUCCGUCCAGGUCUACGCGGACACUCCCCGCAGGCGGUGGGUGGUCCAGCACCCUGGCCAGUGCGUGCUUAACGGCUCUCAGAUCAUGUGGACGGAAGAGGUCGAGGCAGCUAUCUCCGGGUCGGCAGUCAAGACUUACUUCGAAAAGAGUGAGCGACAACUCAACGAGCUGGUCGAGCUAGUGCGGCAGAAGCUGACCAAGCAGGAGCAAGUGACCAUCAACGCCCUCAUCGUCAUCGAUGUCCACGCCAAGGACGUGGUCUACCGGCUGUUGGUCAACGAAGUCAGCGACGUCAGCAGCUUCGAGUGGAUUUCGCAACUGCGCUACUACUGGGAGAAGGCUAACUGCUACGUGAAGUGCGUGCAGACCAAUUUCCCCUACGGCUACGAGUACCUGGGCAACACUCUGCGACUGGUUAUCACGCCCCUGACUGAUAAGUGCUACAUGACCCUGAUGGGGGCCCUUAAACUCAACCUGGGGGGAGCGCCUGCUGGCCCGGCGGGCACCGGCAAGACUGAGAGCACCAAGGACCUGGCGAAGGCGCUGGCCAAGCAGUGCGUGGUGUUCAACUGCUCGGACUCCAUGGACUACAUAAUGGUGGCCAAGUUCUUCAAGGGGCUAGCCUCUGCAGGGGCGUGGUGCUGCUUCGACGAGUUCAACCGCAUCAACAUCGAGGUGCUCUCCGUGAUCGCGCAGCAACUGCUCAUUCUCUUCGGCGAGAAGGCCAAGGGCUCGCCCUCCUGUGAGUUCGAGGGCAGCCACAUCAAGGUGCUGCCCACCUUCUCUGUGUUCAUCACCAUGAACCCGGGCUAUGCUGGCCGGACCGAGCUGCCUGAUAACCUCAAAGCGCUCUUCCGGUCGGUGGCGAUGAUGGUGCCCGAUUACGCCAUGAUCGGCGAAAUCAUGCUCUACUCCUUCGGCUUCACCAAGGGCCGCGACCUCGCCAAAAAGAUGGUCGCCACCUUUAAGCUGUCCUCUGAGCAGCUGUCUGCCCAGGAGCACUACGAUUACGGCAUGCGGGCAGUCCGUUCGGUGAUCAACGCAGCAGGACUGCUCAAGCAGGCCAGUCCCGACAUGGACGAAGACCAGCUGCUGCUACGGGCCCUGCGAGACGUGAACGUGCCUAAGUUCCUGAAGGACGACCUGCCGCUCUUUUAAAACAUCAUCACAGACCUGUUCCCGGGCAUCAAGCGGCCUGAAAUCGACUAUGGCGAGCUGCUGGAGUCGAUCAAGAACGAGUGCCAGAAGGGCAACUUGCAGCCGACCUCGCUCUUCACCGACAAGAUCCUCCAGCUCUACGACACGAUUCUGGUGCGCCACGGGCUCAUGCUGGUGGGGCCCUCGGGCGGCGGCAAGACCAGUAACAUCCACACACUGUCGAAGGCCAUGACCGCCCUGCGCAACAAGGGGCUGGCCAAGGUGCACCUGCACACCCUCAACCCCAAGAGCAUCACGAUGGGCCAGCUGUACGGUGCGUUCAACGACCAGACGCAUGAGUGGGCGGACGGAGUGCUGGCCUACAUGGUGCGGGAGUGCGUGAAGGACCAGUCCCCGGAAAAGCACUGGAUCGUGUUCGAUGGGCCGGUGGACUCGUUGUGGAUCGAGUCCAUGAACACGGUGCUCGACGACAACAAGAAGCUGUGCCUGAACUCAGGGCAGAUCCUGACCCUGACGCCGCACAUGACCAUGAUGUUCGAGGUGGAGGACCUGCUGGUCGCCUCGCCCGCCACGGUCUCCCGCUGCGGCAUGGUCUACAUGGAGCCCUCCCUGAUCGGCUUCGAGCCCAUCGUCAAGUCCUGGAUGAACCUCCUCCCCGAAGGCAUCAAGACCCGCAAGGAGCUGUUCGGCAACAUCUAGAAGCUUAUCCGCGAGCUGCUGGGGCCCAGCCUCGAGUUCGUGCGCCUGAACGUCAAAGAGCUGGUCGUCACCUCCUCUAGCAACCUCACCAACAGCUUCCUCAAGCUCUUCAGCUGCUUCCUGGAGCCUUACCGCGAGAGUGAGCUUAAGAAGGUCCCGCCCGAGGAGUUCACCCACCUGGAGACCGUGGUGGACAGCGUCUUCGUGUACGCGCUGGCCUGGUCCGCGGGCGUAACGGGAGACCUCAAGUCCCGACUGGAGUUCAGCGCCUUCGCCAAGCAGCUGAUCCGGCAGAACAAGGUGCGAGUAGAACUGGCCGAGAGUCAGUCGAUCUACGACUGCGAGUUCAGGGAAAAGAACAACGAGUGGGUGGAGUGGCGCAAGUCCUUCGAGAACUUCGAGAUCGACUCCAAGCUGCAGUACCACGAGAUCAUGAUCCCCACCACCGACUCCACCCGCAUGCUCGCUAUCAGCAAGCUCCUCAUCACCAACAACCGACAAACCCUGAGCCCGGGCCCGACCGGCACCGGCAAGUCCAUGAACUGCUACAAGCUGCUGGGAGGGGCACUGGGCGAGGCCUACCAGUACAUCGCACUCACCUUCAGUGCGCAGACCAGCGCCAACCAGACGCAGGACACUAUCGACCUGAAGAUGGACAAGCGCCGGAAGGGCUACUACGGGCCUCCGAUCGGAAAAAAGUGCGUUAUCUUCAUCGACGACCUGAACAUGCCCAAGAAGGAGACCUUCGGCGCCCAGCCCCCCAUCGAGCUGGUGCGGCAGUACUUCGACCACCGGGGCUGGUACAACCGCAAGGAGCUGCAGUGGAUGAACCUGGAGGACCUCAUCUUCAUGUCGGCCAUGGGCCCACCAGGAGGCGGCCGCACCUUCAUCUCGAACCGGCUGGUGCGCCACUUCAACAUCCUGACCUACACCGACCUCAACGACGAAAUCGUGCUCCACAUCUUCGACCAGCUCAUCGCCUUGCGACGCUUCAACGAGAGCAUCCGGCCCCUGGUGCCUCUGCUGGGCGGCUGCUGUCUGAAGGUAUUCUCCCAGGUCAAGCAGGAGCUUCUACCCACCCCCUCAAAGUCCCACUACACUUUCAACCUCCGCGAUAUCUGGAAGGUUGUCCAGGGCAUCUGCUCCGCCUCCCAGAAGUACGUCAUCGAGCCAGCCGACGUCCAGAAGCUGUGGAUGCAUGAGAACAUGCGGGUUUACUACGAUCGGCUGGUCAGCAGCGAGGACAAGGCUCUCUUCACCCAGCUGCUGCGGGCUGCAGGGGCCUCCCUCGACGAGGCGGCAGGACAGUCCGUGGAGCAGGACCGAAUCGUGUUCGCCGACUUCAUCCAGGGCCGAGACGCUGAACCCCGGCACUACUUCGAGGUGCCGGACCUGGGGGCCCUGGUGGAAAAGAUGAACGAGUACCUGGAGGAGUACAACGUAGAGGUAGGGUCUAAGAGCGCCAUGCGGCUGGUGAUGUUUCUGGACGCCUGCGAGCACAUUUCUCGGAUCAGCCGAGUGCUGCGACAGCCCCAGGGCAACGGGCUGCUGCUGGGCGUGGGCGGGUCGGGUCGGCAGUCCCUGGCCCGGCUGGCUUCGUUUAUCUCGGGCUACAAGUCGACGCAGAUCGAGGUGAUCAAGGGAUACGGGAUGCGGAACUGGCGGGAGGACCUGAAAGAGGUGCUGCUGAAGUCGGGGCUGGAGAACAAGCCGCUGUCCUUCAUCCUGGUGGACACGCAGAUCGUCAGCGAGCUGAUGCUGGAGGACCUCAACUCGGUACUGAACUCCGGGGACGUGACCAACCUCUACCAGGAGAAGGACAUGGAGGAGAUCAUGACCCAGUGCAAGGCCGACUGCGCCAAGAAGGGACUGCAGCCCAACAAGAUGAACGUCUUCUCCAUGUACCUGGCCCGCGUCCGCCGCAACGUCCACAUCGUCAUGGCCAUGUCCCCCCUCGGCGAGCUGUUCGCCACCCGGCUGCGUAUGUUCCCCUCCCUGGUCAACUGCUGCACCAUCGACUGGUUCAGUGAAUGGCCCGAGGAGGCCCUGGUGGGCGUGGGCAAGGGGCAGAUGCUGGAGGUGGAGCUGGAGCUGGGCCUGGAGGGCAAACUGGACCAGCUGGUGGACAUGUUCAAGACCAUCCACAAGUCGGUCGAGCGCGAGUCGGUGCGCUUCAAAGCCGAGCUCAGCAGGUACAACUACGUCACACCCACCAGCUACCUCGAGCUCCUCAACAUGUACAAGACCAUCCUCCGCGAAAAGCUCAAGGAAAGCAAGUUCUCCAUCAGCCGCCUCCAGAACGGGCUCGACAAGCUCAAGGACGCGAACGUCGCCGUCCAGGACAUGGAGGUCAAACUCACAGAGCUCGCUCCCGUCCUCGAAAAGGCCUCGGUCGAGACCCAGAAGCUGAUGGAGAAGCUGACCGUGGACAAGGCCGACGCCGAGCAGAUCCAGAAAGUGGUCUCGAAGGAGGAGGCGGAAGCAAACAUCCAGAAGAAGGAGGCGGAGGAGCUGGCGGCGGAGGCGAAGGCGGCGGUGUCGGAGGCGAACGAGAUGCUGGACAAGACGCUGGCGGAGGUGAGCAAGCUGAAGAAGGACCACCUGACUGAGGUGAAGUCGCUGCCGGCUCCGCCGAAGGCAGUGCGGGUGAUCCUGGGGGGAGUGGUGAUCCUGCUGGUGGACUUCAUAAAGAAGCAGGGGGGCUCGAUCAUAAUCAGCACGGUGGACGGGGUGAAGGAGGAGAACUACUUCGAGACGGCCAAGAAGUACCUGCUGAACGACGCGGCGGUGCUGCUCUCGGAGCUGAAGGGGUACAACAAGGAGAGCAUCAACCCCGCCCACAUCAAGAAGCUGCAGGACAAAAUCAUCCCCGACGCGGACUUCACCCUCGAGCGGGCCAAGUCCUGCUCCUACGCGGUCCAGUUCCUCUUCAUGUGGGUCAAGGCCAUGUACGACUUCAACAAGGUCUUCAACGAGACCAAGCCCCUCCGCGAAAAGCUGGCCGCCACCGAGGCCAUCCUCAAGGAGAAGUCCGACGAACUCAAGGUCAAGAAGGACGCCCUCGACGGCAUCAACAGCAAGAUCCAGGCCCUCGAGGACCUCUUCACUGCCAAGACCCAAGAAAAGGAAGAUCUCGAGUUCAAGAUGGAGGAGUGCAAGGUCAAGCUCUCCCGCGCCAAGAAGCUCACUGUCGGCCUCAGCGACGAGCAGACCCGCUGGACCAGCGAGGUCGGCCACCUCCAGGCCCUCGCCAAGCUGGUCACCGGCAACUCUGUCAUCGCGGCCGGGACAGUCGCCUACGCAGGCAGUUUCACCGCCCAGUACCGCACGGCCUUGGAACGGGGGUGGGCGGAAGCUAUAAAGGAGAAGGACGAGCUGCCGAUAGCGAGCAGCGUCACGAUGCGGUCGUUCCUGGGCGUGCCGAUCCAGAUCCAGCAGUGGAACAUCGCGGGGCUGCCGAAGGACGACACGAGCACGGAGAACGGGAUCAUAAUCUUCAAGAGCAAGCGGUGGCCGCUGAUGAUCGACCCCCAGACCCAGGCCAACAAGUUCAUCAAGAACAUGGGCAAGGACCACACUGAGGGCAUCGACGUCGUCAAGGUCACUGAGCCCACUCUCAUGCGCACCAUCGAGCUGGCCGUCCAGUUCGGCAAGUGGGUCCUCCUCGAGAAUGUCGGCAGGGACCUCGACCCCUCGCUGGAGCCCAUCCUCCAGCAGAAGGUGGUCAAGACGGGCUCCUCCUUCUCGAUCACGAUCGGGGAAAAGACUCUGUCCUACAACACGCAGUUCAAGCUGUUCAUGACCACGACCAUCCCCAACCCGCACUACUCGCCUGAGACCUCGGUGAAGGUCUGUCUGAUCAACUUCGCGAUCACCCCCUCGGGCCUGGAGGAGCAGAUGCUGGCCCGGAUCGUCGCCCUGGAGAACCCCCAGCUCGAGCAGAAGAAGCUCUCGAUUGUGCUCAAGAACGCGGAGGACCGCAAGACUCUGGUGCAGCUCGAGGACUCCAUCCUGGCGGCCCUGUCCUCCACCGAGGGCAACAUCGACGAGUUCCUGAAGGACGAGUCCCUCAUCAACGAGCUCAACAACAGCAAGACCAUGUCCAAGGAAAUCAACCAGCGAGUCGAGGAGUCCAAGGUCACUGAGAAGACCAUUGACGAGACUCGGGAGGGCUACCGGCCCGUGGCCUACCGCGCCAGCCUGUUGUUCUUUUGCAUCCUCGACCUCAGCCUGGUCGACCCUAUGUACCAGUACUCCCUGCAGUGGUUCAACAACCUGUUCGUCCUGAGCGUAGAGAACUCUCCAGCCUCGGACGACCUGCCCACGCGGCUCAAGAGCAUGAACGACUACUUCACCUACUCGCUCUACGAAAACGUCUGCCGCUCCCUCUUCGAGAAGCAGAAGCUCACCUUCUCCUUCCUCCUGACCAUCAAGAUCCUGCAGGGCGACGGGCUCAUCAACGAGCUGGAGUGGCGUUACCUGCUCACCGGCCCAUCCGGGUAGGUCCGGGUGCCGCCCAACCCCACCUCCUGGGUCAGCGACAAUCAGUGGGCUGACAUGUACCGCCAGUUCCACGGCAUGGACCUGCUGGAGGCCUUCAAGGGCAUCGAGGAGCAGUUCAUGGGCAACUGUGACUCCUGGAAGCACAUCUUCGACUCGACGCAGCCGCAGGAGGAGAAGCUGCCCGCGCCCUGGGAAGAGCGGCUGAACCCCUUCGAGAAGAUCAUCGCGCUGAAAUCACUACGGAUGGAUAAGGUGAUCCCCUGCGUGCAGAACUGGAUCACGCUGGUCAUGGGGAAGAAGUUCAUCACGCCCCCCACCUUCGACCUGAUCAAGUGCUACAAGGACUCCUCGAUCAUCACCGCCCUCAUCUUCGUCCUCAGCGCGGGCUCAGACCCUGUCGCAGAUUUCCUGAAGUGCGCCGAGGAGAUGGGCAUGGGCAACCGCUACGAGUCCAUCUCGCUGGGGCAGGGGCAGGGCGUCAAGGCCGAAAAGCUCAUCAAGGAGGGCACCGCGAAGGGCAACUGGGUGCUGCUCCAGAACUGCCACCUGGCCAUCAGCUGGAUGAGCGAGCUGCAGCGCAUCUGCGAGGAGCUCAACGAGAACAUGCACCGCGAGUUCCGGCUGUGGCUGACCUCGAUGCCCACUGCCUCGUUCCCAAUCUCGAUCCUGCAGAACGGGGUGAAGAUGACUCUGGAGCCUCCUCAGGGCCUACGAAACAACCUGCUGCGGACCUACAAGAACAUGGACCAGCGGGACUUUGAGGAGUGCAGCAAGGAGCGCGAAUACAAGAAGCUGCUCUUCGGGUUCAGCCUCUUCCACGCGAUUGUGCAGGACCGGCGCAAGUUCGGGCCCAUCGGCUGGAACAUCCCCUAUGAGUUCACCAACGAGGACCUUUCGGUCUGCCGCCGGCAGCUCAAGAUGCUGCUGGACGAGUACGAGCAGGUGCCCUACAAGGUGCUCAACUAUCUGGGGGCCGAGAUCAACUACGGUGGGCGAGUCACCGACGACAAGGACGUCCGCCUCAUCAAGACCAUCCUGAAGAAAUACUGCAACGAGGACGUGCUCCUUGAUGGUUACAAGUUCUCUGACAGUGGUAUCUACUACCAGCCCACUGUGGAGCGGGUCGACGAGUUCGUCGAGUACAUCGAGAACCUGCCCCUCAACCCCGCGCCCGAGGCCUUUGGGCUGCACGACAAUGCGGAGAUCACCAACUCGCAGAACGAGACCUUGCAGAUGCUCGAGACCAUCCUGUCCGUGCAGCCCCGCACUACCUCGGCGGCAGGACAGUCCCGCGAGGAGAAGAUCGAGGAGAUCGCGGUCUCGAUCCAGUCCAAGACCCCCGAGGUGUUCGACUACGAGGGCAUCUACAAGGCAUACCCGACCAGCUACGAGGAGUCGAUGAACACAGUGCUGGUGCAGGAGGUGAUCCGCUUCAACAAACUGCUCGCCAUCAUGAAGGAGUCCCUCGCCAACCUCAAAAAGGCCCUCAAGGGGCAGAUCGUCAUGAGCGAGGACCUUGAGAUGAUGGCCAACGCACUCUUCGACAACCUGGUCCCCAAGAUCUGGGAGGACAAGUCCUUCCUGUCGAUGAAGCCUCUCUCCAGCUGGAUCGAGGACUUGCUGGCGCGCAUACUGUUCCUCCGGCAGUGGAUCGACGGAGGCACGCCCUCGGUGUUCUGGAUCUCGGGGUUCUUCUUCCCCCAGGCGUUCCUGACCGGCACCCUCCAGAACUUCGCCCGGAAGCACACCAUCGCCAUCGACGAGCUGUCCUUCAACUUCAACUACAUGGACAGCCUCUCCCACACCGAGGUCAAGGAGAAGCCCGCGGACGGCUGCUACAUCUACGGCAUGUUCAUUGAGGGCGCACGCUGGCACCCCGCCUCCCACCAGAUCGACACCCCUAUCCCCAAGGAGCUGUACUCCAACCUGCCGCUGAUACACUUGCUGCCGGUGGCCAACCGCAUCACCCCCAUGACGGGGAUCUACGAAUGCCCGGUGUACAAGGUGGUGUCACGGCGGGGGACGCUGAGCACGACGGGGCACUCGACCAACUUCGUGAUGUUCUUCGAGAUGCCCUCGGACCGGGACCAGGACGAAUGGAUCCGCGCAGGAGUGGCCGGGUUCCUCUCCCUGCGCUAUUGA